CCUCCCUAAGUGAUAGCAUGUGCACGUGGAAUUGCGUUUGUUUGUAGAAUAAAGUAAAAAAAAAUACAAAAUCUCUAAACAUGCGACUAAUUUGAACCCUGUAAUUAUUGUCUUAUUAUUAUUUUGCAUAGUUGACGAAAUAACGAAUGACGUGAAAGGAUUCAUGGCUAAAUUCUCUUACUUAUUAUAAUUACCAAUUUCUUCCAUGCAAAACCGGUUUUAAUAUGUAUGAAUAUCCACACGAAUGUGCGAUUAUUUCUUUGCAAAAAGAUGGAAUUAAUAAAGUAUAUAAUCAGCCGAGGCUAGAGUAAAGCAUCUCCUGGAACUGGAAGAAUAAAAUAAUUUGCAAUAUUUCCAAGCCUUUCUGAAAAUGAUGGAAUUUUUUAAAUUGAGAUUUUUCUUGGUCAUAUUUUUCCUUGUACUUCAGUCAUGUACAGUGAAUUCUGUGAAACAAAAUCAGAACGGGAACAAUGGGCAUCCAGUGUACCAAUUUUCUGCACGGUUGUUGAAUCAAGUAGCCCUUGAGAAAGGACGUGAAGGAAGUAGCCAUAAUAUUUUAAUAUCACCUUUUUCCAUUAGAACCGCUCUGGCGAUAAUGUCUCUAGGAUCAAAGGGCCAAACUGCUUCCGAAAUCCAAAAUGUUUUGAAAUUGCCUUUAGCGCAGGAUGAACUUGUCCAAAAUUUGGCAAGACAAAUCAGCUCUACUCUGAACUCGGAAUCGUCCACCUUAAAAAUCGGAAAUGGGCUAUUCAUCGACAAAUCGUUCUCUAUAAAUGAAACUCUUGCAACCCAAUUAAAAUCAAAAUUGGGAUCUACAGUUCAAACUGUCGACUUCAAGAAUGAUAAUGUCGGAUCCUCGGCAACAAUAAACAAAUGGAUAUCCUCCUUGACAAAGGGAUAUAUUCAGAAUCUCGUUGCACCACCAUCCAGUACAACCCCCACAUUUUCCUUCUUACUGGCAAAUUCAUUGUUCUACAGUGGUUCGUGGGACAAGCCAUUCACAGUCUUGGCUAAAAAGUCUGAUUUUAUGCUUGAUACCGGAAAUCGAGUGAAGGUUACGAUGAUGAGUCUUGAAUCCAUCUUUGGAUAUAGUUACAUCCAUGACCUAAAAUCUAUCGGAAUUUCAAUUCCCUUUAAAGACGACAGAUUUCACUUCAUAAUUUUGAAGCCAGACGACGGACAAACAGUGAAUAGUGUGAGACCACUCCUCAACAGUUAUCCCUUGGAAAAGUUGGUCAGUAAUUUGGAACAGAAUUUACGAACUGUAACCCUUUCCUUGCCAAAAUUUACACUAAAAGCCAAUUACGACACCAUGAAUGUUAUGCGAAAGAUGGGAAUUGUGAGUUUGUUCGACCCAAAUUCCAGCGAUCUUUCUGGCUUCGCUACUCCCAAGUCUUCAAAAUCUAAUAAGAAAACCCCACACACCGAACUACCCGUAGUUUCUCGGAUGAUUCAUCAGACCCAUUUGGAAAUAAAUGAAGUGGGGGCCACCGCUGCUGCGACGACGACACUUUCCGGGUAUCCGAUUUCGGUGGCUUCUUCACUGGAGAUUAAUAGUCCUUUUCUGUUCAUUUUGAAUGACAGGCUGACGGGUCCCGUUCUUAUCGGGCAACUAGUAAACCCAUUACAAUAAAAUGUUUUGAUAAGAUUUUC